UACUAGCGUCUAUCGUCGGAUACAUCUCUGGGCUCGCGCCGCACUAGACAUUCACGGUUGACGACCACAACCCGUCAGGAACGGUGCACGAGCGAAAAGAUGUUAGACGCACGCAAGUCACAUCUGGAAAAGUGGGACAACCCCGCAUCUUUGGUUUUGGUGUUUUUGGCGCACUGCAUCAUGUUCAUCCGCUCGUUUUCUACUCAUCAUUUGGCCUCAUCGCACUUCAGCCAACAUUUUCUUCUCUCGCUCACUUUUGAAUUUCCACGGGCACAGCAUCUAAGCUAUAUUUUCAACAGGGAUCUUUCUUGCAGGAGUGGGAACUAUCGUGGUCAUGUUUUUGUCUGUUCGCGCGCGUACGGGCCCUCGCCGCAUGAUCACCCAAUUUCCUUUUCAGUUUCAUUCGAGGGGCAACCGUUUUGUAAGAGAUACCUCGCUAGACCGCGCGUUUGUUUCUUGGAUCAUUUCCUUCGAUUGGCGAAUACCCCCCAAAUUUGGCAUAUUGCAUUUGCGCAUACCAUCACAUACCACACUACAUCAUAUUACUCGACUUGGAUUGAGCGGUUUGAGCGAUUCACAAGUUGGAUUAUUGGCGACGAGGGAAAGAGGCAUGCAGCCAAAACAAUUGUAGCUAGCCAACAUUUCUCCUUGCUUCUUCCCACCAGACAGACUGCGCACCACAGUUCUCUAUUUCCUUUGUGAUACCUUAUACCUACUCUCCUGUUUCUUUUGUUCGCGCUCUUGCGCUGUAGACUGGCCGGAUCGGAUCGGAUCGGCUCUGGGAUUCCCUUGCCCCCAGAUUGUACCUUGUAACCUUAUAAUACGCACUGCUUGCUGCCCAGGAUUGGCAUGCCACACACUUGUACACUUCGCCGCUUUGCUUUCCGUGGCAGGACG